CUCGUUUGCAUUUGCGUAACGUCGGCUUAAGUAGGAGUGAUUCGUAGCCAGCCAUGGAGGGACAGAGAAACAUAGUCAUUGUCGGAGGUGGCAUCAUCGGCUGCACCACCGCCUACUACUUGACCCGCCACCCCAAGUUCAGCCCUGCGUUGCACACCAUCACGCUUCUGGAGGCCGCUCCAUCAGUGGCUGCCGGUGCCUCGGGAAAGGCUGGUGGCCUUCUUGGGCUCUGGGCAUAUCCAUCGAGCAUCGUUCCACUAUCAUACAGACUGCACGCGGAGCUUGCCGCUGAGCACGACGGGGCCAAUCGCUGGGGCUACCGCAGGCUAAAAUGCGGCAGCAUCGAGGCAGUUGUGACGAAGAAAAAGCUUAAUGAGCUCCAGAACUCCGCAGAUGAAAAUGGCAAAGCGUGGGAGAAGCUUCCCAAGCAGGAUGAAGCCGCCAAAGAACUGCUCCAGGACGAGGAGCUACCUGCUGAUCUGGAUUGGAUAGAUCGAGAGGUGGUGAGAGGAUGGGCUGAAAUGGGGUCACCGGGAGCUACCGAGACUGCUCAGGUGCAUCCAUACCACUUCACAACUUCAAUUGCAGAGCUAGCUCAGAAGGCGGGCGUCACUAUCACAACGAAUGCAAAGGUUACGAGACUCGUCACAUCAAAGCUAAGCGUCCAAGGGGUCGAGUAUUUGGACCGGACAACGGACGAGACCCGCAAGAUUACGGAUGUGACCGAUAUUAUUGUUGCUGCUGGGCCAUGGACCGGCCGAGUGCUCCCUCGCUCAAAGGUUGAAGGCUUGAGAGCUCACAGCGUUGUCUACGACGUCAAUGUCACUCCUUAUGCGGUAUUCACAGACAUUGAGCUGCCCUCGGACUUUAUUCCCGAACAUCGAGCAAAGAUGGGGCAGAAGAGGCAGCAUAAAGGCAGGGUAGAUCCCGAGAUAUAUGCUCGGCCGUUUGGUGAAGCAUAUGCAUGUGGCGAGCCCGACAGCGACGUGCCACUACCAGAAACAGCUGAUCAGGUUCAAUUUAACGAAGCCCACUGCGACGACAUCAUCUCAUAUUUUGCAACCGUGAGCCCCGUGCUGGCCACUGCGCCAAUCAAAGCCAAACAGGCCUGUUACCUGCCGCGACACAUACGCUUUGGACAGGAGAGCGGUCCUCUCAUAGGGCCCACGGUCACUCCCGGCUUAUGGGUUGCAGCUGGCCAUACCUGCUGGGGGAUCCAAAACGGCCCAGCGACGGGAAAGCUAAUGUCAGAGUACAUUUUGGAUGGCGAAGCGAAGAGUGCGAGCGUUGGCAAUUUGGAUCCAAGGAAGUUCAAGGUCUGAUGGAUAUUUUUUGUUUUAUUUUCCCCCAUAUUAAGAGUGCCUAUCAGUUCAAUAAGCAACUAUGAGAUUGUAGAGGUUAUAGAGUUUAUGAAAUUGAAUGCGGCGCGCGCAUUGUUUGAGGAGAGGCAGGCCUGGAUAAUUGUUUAGCUAGUAUGAGUCUCAUGUGGUGGUGUCUACUCUCGAUAUAAAUAUAGUAUACUGACCCGAAUGUGGGACCAUUUAUACUGCCGGCUUAGCUACCAAUUCAAGUGAAGAUAGCCAGUGG